AUGGCGAGUCCCGCGACGGCUCCGGUCCUCACCUGGUCACCGCUACUCUUUCCGCCCUGGAAUACGGCCCUUCUGCCGGCAGCGUUCUAUCCCGUUGCUGCACUGCGAUCACUGCCAGGAUUCCUCGACAGUAUGAAGCAACUCCCACAAUCCCAGCGUACCACCAACACCGGUGCCGGCUUUCGUAUCUGCAAUCUGCUCGAGCUGGACAACGAGAAAAAGCAACAGCAGCAGAACACGAAAAAACGGAAAAACUCGGACUCACUGGACGAUCGAUCGGCCAUCCACCGGUUAAGAGAUGAGGAAGCCGGUACCGCCGAUGACGAAGGUGACGACGAGGAUGACGAUACCGGAUCGCGGACACACGCUACAAACGGACCGAUCCGACGACGAAAUGGUUCAAUGAUUCUACCACCGGAGGACACCAACAGCAAUCCCGAUGGUGGUCUGGCGAGUGGACCGAACAGUGAUGACGAUAGCAGCAGCAGUAGAGUUCAGCAGCGAACGCCUCGAAGUGGAGAUGCGCGGGAUGAUCGGACAAGCCCCCGAGCCGGGGACAGUGGCGAUGAGACGACGAGUGGCGGUAAACCGGCGACGGGGUUACUGGGAGCAGCCGGCUUAAGACCGUCGAUGACGCUAGCCGAAGAUCUGCACGCCCGGUUCGGCUAUCCACUGCAUCCGACUUCCGGGGCAGCAACGGCGCACCAUCACUCUGCACACCCACCGCCCCAUCAUCCACACUUUCCACCGCACCCGCAUCAUGCGGCGGCACAGCAUCUGCAGCAGCACGUCGUCGCUCACCUGACCGGACCACCGGCGGCACACCCUCACCAUCAUGCGGCGCACCACGCACUGUUCCACGGGCUCCCUGGCGUACGAUCCUGGCCGUACGAUGGCUGCAAUACCCUCAAUGCAUGCCAUCAGCAACAGGCCCAGCGGUUGUUCGCGCAGCAGGUUAGCCCAGCAGACAGCACGUCGCCAGUGCACUCGGAACGAUCGUACCUUGGCAGCAGCGGAGGUGGAGGUGGUGGCCUAUCAGGCCAUUCGACCGCCACCGGUACCGGUACCACUACCGUCGGUGGUACAGGUGGUGGUGGUGGUGAUGCACACACGGAAAACUCGGACGAUGUGGACAUCGAGGAGGGCUGUGAUGACGAUCUGAUCGACAUGAUCGACGAUGCGGAUGACGGACCCCACGGGCCCGGUGGUACCGGGGGCGGCGCUUCGAUGGGUGGCCACAAAAAGCGGAAGCGACGUGUUCUCUUCUCGAAGGCGCAAACGUACGAGCUGGAGCGACGGUUCCGGCAGCAACGCUACCUAUCGGCCCCCGAGAGGGAACACUUGGCCUCGUUGAUCCGGUUGACGCCGACGCAGGUUAAGAUCUGGUUCCAGAACCAUCGGUACAAGACGAAACGGGCGGCGCACGAGAAGGGCGUCAUGGAUCACGGUGGCCAUCACGGUGGCAGUGGCGGUAGUAUGGGUGGUUCUGGAGGACUGCCAUCGCCGAGACGCGUCGCGGUGCCGGUACUAGUGCGUGAUGGUAAGCCCUGCCUCGGUGGUGGUGGUGGUGGUGGUGGUAAGCCACACGAUCUCCUAUCGGCUGUUCCUGCGGCUGCUGCCGCUCAUCUGCAACUACCACCCGGGUUCCAGCAUGCCAGCCUGUUGCAUCAUGCGGCCGCAGCUGCCGGUCGAUGGUGGUCGUAG